UGAGGGCCUAGCCGAACCGCAAAAUCUAUGUCUGGAAGAGAGAGAAUAAAACAGAGAACAAGGACAAAAUUUCAGCAGCUUAUGGGUAAUCAAAACAUAAAUACUGAACCUGGAACAUUUUCAGCUACAAAAAAUGUUGAAGAAAUACCACUGUUGGCAAAAAUUAAAAAUGAAAGUAAAAUGUAUCCUUCAUCAGAAAUUAAUCAACAGGAAAAUGAUAAUGGACAAUCAAAUCAAGGUUACACAACUGAAAGUACUUCCAGCUUGAAAGAAAGUCCUGAAAAGCAACCAAAAUAUAAAAAUGAUGAGCUGAAUCUAAGUAAGAAGAAAAAAAAGAAGACCUCAUCAGUUAAAGAAAAUAUAAAUCAGCCUAGUUCUAAACGUUCAAAAGAUAUCAAAAAGAAAGGAAAGUUAAAAGAAAAAACUCAACCAAAUGAUUUAAGUCAAGAAAAUGAAAAUCCUGUUUUAGGUGUUUUAAUUCACGGGACUGAUAAAUUGAAAACGGAUUUUCUUAUUUGUCAUCCUCUUGUGAAAGUUCAUAUUGUCAAUAUGAAAACAGGUCAAUAUUUAAAAAAACUUCAUAGUGAUAGAUCAGUAACUUCUUACUAUGAAACUCAAAAUAAUAAUAUUGAACAUAUAAUCCCUAUGAUGACUCAGCCAUAUGACCUAAAAGAAAAGAAAUAUCUAAUGCCCUUAUGGGAGGAACUAUUAAUAUUCAAUGAAGAUUUUAACUAUUUCAUCAAUAAAGAAUCUGAUGUUAUCAUAUUUUUUGAACUCAUAGAUUUUAUUAGCCCUGAAUCAAAUUUUAGUAAUAAAUGGCUAAAAAAACUUCAGAAUCAAGGCGGCUGGCAUAAAAUUGCUUGGGGAUUUUUAAAGCUUGUGGGUGCUAAUGAUAUAUUGAAUACUGAGCAGAAAGUGAGAUUACAAUUAUAUAAUCCACCAAAAUUUCAAUUUUGGAAAAAAAUUGAAGGCUUAGAGGUAUUUAACUGGUGGUCAAAAUUCAAGAAAUCAUAUUAUCCUUCAACACUCUAUGUUACUGUAAAGCCAGUUAUCUUACCAAAAUCUGUAGAUUCAACUGUUCGUUCAAUGGCACCAUUUCAAGAAGAGAAAAGUCUCAGUGCACAUAUACAGAUUCAAAAUGUAACAUCAUCAAAUAGUCACAGUGACUCACCAAAGAAACCUUUAUUACAACCUGAAUUAUGGACUCGUAUUGCAGGUCAAACGUGCAAAAUUCCAAAUCAAAUAUUCAUUGCAUCACAAGUAUCAGCAUUUGGAUGUAAUGCUAUUAGAUUUUCUCAUUCUGGCAGAGAAUUAGUUUAUGGUUGCAGUUUAGAAAAUGGACAUUACAUUAUUCUUCAUGAGAUUCCAUCAGGAACUUUACGGAAUCAAAUAAAAGCUCAUUCUGGUAUUAUAUAUGAUUUAGAUUGGUCAAACGAUGAUUCUUUACUGGUAUCUGCUUCUGGUGAUAGUACUGUGAGGAUUUGGUCUAUAAAUGAUUUUACAUUCUCAUUAAUAUCAGUUUUGCCUCAUCCAUGCUUUGUAUAUUGUGCAAAAUUUCAUCCAAAGUAUCCUUCAGUUGUAGUUAGUGGUGGUUAUGAUAAAAUUAUUAGAGUUUGGACUAUAGAAUUAAAUGGUGAAUCAAAACUUCAUAUGGAAUUAGAAGGUCAUAAUGGAAACAUCAAUGCAUUAUGCUGGAAUACUAAGGGAAAUAAAUUAUUUUCAGCAGAUAGUGUUGGAAUUAUUAGAUUAUGGAAUGCUUAUUUGACCCAUGAUAAUACAGAAAUUAUGAAUCAGUGGAUGUUGGAUAAAGAAAUUAAAUUAAUAGAAACUCAAGAUAUACCAAUUAACAGUCUUCAUCUUCACAAUUCAGGAAAAAAGAUAUUGUUUAAUUGUCGCAAUUCCACGAUUUUUCUUUAUGAUUUUACAGUAGAUUUAAUAAUUCAACACUAUUAUGGAUACAUUAAUUUUCAACAUCAUUUGAAAUGCUGUUUAUCUGCCUGUGGAAAUUUGAUAUUUGCUGGUGGUGAAGAUGGUAAAGUUAUUGUUUGGAAUACAAAUACUGCUGAAAAAUUAGCUGUAUAUGAUAAUCUUCCUUAUCUUGGUCCAGUAACAUCUGUUGAUUAUCAUCCUCAUGAUCAUAUUGUAGCCAUGUGUUCAUUAGAAGAUAAUGCACCAAUACUUGCAUAUAAAUAUGAUUACAAUGAACCACCAGUUGGUGCAGAUAAAGGGGAUAUUUCUAGAAGUCAAGCUGUAACUCCUCAAAACAUAAGUCCAGUGAAAAUUGAAAGUAGAAAAGGUAGUGAUAGCAGUCGAAAUGACUCUCCAUUAAUAAAUGUUACAAAGAGAAAAUUAAGUAAUAAAUUAAAAAAGAAAGAGUUUAAAGAAAAUUCGACAAGAUUGCAAAAAGUGGUGAAAAAAUUAGAUUCUGUACUUGCUGUUGAGUCUCUAAUGAAAACAAAGUCAGCACUACCUUACUUAGAUAAUUCUGAAGAAAAUUCUGCAUUGUACUUACCAUCCAAACUUGAAACUUAUAAAGAUAAGUUUCCAAAACAGGUGAAGUAUGAUUUUAAUCUGUUUUCAUAUUUAGUUGUUGCCUUAUACGAUUAUAACUCCAAUUUUCCAAAUGAGUUACCUCUACAAAAAGGAGAUGUCAUCAAUGUAAAAAAUCGAGAAGAUUCUCGAUGGUGGUUUGGUAGAUUAGAAAAAUCUGAUGUUGAUGGAUAUUUUCCUUCUAACUAUGUUACUUCAGGUAGAAUUUAA